GCAGGGCCCGGCCGGGCAGCUAGCUGGGCAGGAGGCCAAGAGCAAGCGGAGUCGAGGGCUGCCCCGAGGCGGUGGCCGUGCCGCGGUGUGCUCGCAGCAUUGGGGCCAACGAGCGAGUGACCCCGCGGGACAGCCGCACGUCAUGGUGGACUACUACGAGGCGUUGGGGGUGAGCCGCAAUGCCACCGCCGACGACAUCAAGAAGGCGUACAGGAAGGCUGCACUGAAAUGGCACCCUGAUAAAAACCCAGACAACAAGGAGUAUGCUGAGCAGAGGUUCAAGGAGAUCGCUGAGGCGUAUGAAGUGCUGUCAGACAAGCAGAAGCGCGAUGUCUACGACCGUUACGGCAAGGACGGGCUCAUGGGCGCAGCAGGACCAGGGGGCUCCAGGGCCGAUGCUGGGGCCCCAGGAUUCACCUUCACCUUCCGCAGCGCUCAUGACGUCUUCCGGGAGUUCUUCGGUGGGAGAGACCCCUUCGCUGACUUCUUCGAUGAGAUGCUGCCCUUCUCCGAGCUGCGAGGACCUGGCCCUCGGCACCAUGGGGGAGGUCACUUCUUUUCCCCCUUCCCAGGAUCCUCAGAUUUCUUCACCUCCUUCAGCUCUGGUGCUGAUGCAGGGCUGGGCUUCCGCUCUGUCUCCACCUCCACCACCUUUGUUAAUGGCAAGCGCAUCACAACCAAGCGGAUUAUUGAGAAUGGGCGGGAGCGGGUGGAAGUGGAGGAGGAUGGGGAGCUGAAGUCAAUCCACAUCAAUGGCAUCCCUGAUGACAUGGCACUGGGGUUGGAACUGAGCCGCCGGGAGCAGCAAGCCUUCCCUAGCCCACGGCCCCCCUCGCCCCCACCGCCUGCCCCACACCGGCCCCCGAGCUCCUCACCCGUCUGCCUCUACACAGACAGUGAGGAUGAAGAUGAGGACUUGCAGCUGGCUAUGGCUUACAGCCUCUCAGAGAUGGAAGCUGCAGGGCACCACCAAGCAGGUGGGCACAGCCCUGGCACCCCACCAGCACGAGGGGGCACCCCAUCUUCUGCGUGCAGAGCCCACGAUCCCCAGGGAGGGCCAGAGAGGGAGCCACUGGGAGCUGGCAGCCCAGCUGCAGCUGGGCACGAACCUGCCCCCAAAGCAAAGCAGUGGCACUGUCCUCUGCUCUGAGCAUGAGAUUGUGGUUGUGCCCCCACUUUGUGGGUUGGGCAAAGGCAAGGAGGGUGGGGUCUCAUGGCCUGGAGCUCAGCUCCUGCCUCCCCGUGCAAGGAAGAGGGGUCCCUCCUGUCCUACUUCUUGCUUCUGUGGUGGGUGGAGAACUGGUGGCACCCCAGGGUAGGGGGACUGCCAGAGUUUUGUGUCAUGACUGGAAGAAGGGCCCUUGGUGGAGUCCCAGGAAAAGGGGCAGCUCCUUGCCCUGGCUCCUGGAAGCAUGAGGUGCCCACUGGCAGGUGUGCUCAAACUCUGCCUGCUCCUCUCUCCCUGUCUGCCUUGCAGAUGGGCAAGGGCUACAACCAGUGCCUCCCUGACUGCUGCCUGCCCCUGCUUGGGCUGGGGAGUACUGGGUCAGGCUCUCCCUCCUUGCAAGGACGCGUGCACACGUGGGCUCUGCUUGGUACCUUGUGUCUGUCUCUCCCUUCUGGAUGCUGUUGCUCCUGCUUGUAUCCCCUCCUCCUCUGUCUCCCCCUUUGCAGCCCCUGCCCCUUCCCUGCCCCUUGUACACCCUGCAGGGCACUGUCACCACCCCCCACCACCGCUUUGACCUGGGGGCGCUGUCCCUCCCUGCUUUCCACUGCAGCAGCGACCCUCAGUGAUGAUGCUCAUAGAUGUUCCCACCCUUGCCCGUGGCUCUCUUCCUUCUAGGACCUUCCUCCCUCCCUCCUUGCCCCCUCCCAGCACUAAGCCCAGGAGGGUUUCAUGGGUGCCGUUGUGUCCCCCCUCCGCUUGUCU